AUGGCAGGCGGCGAAAGCAACACCACCACCGGAAAGGACGCGGUUGAGCUGGAAGCUAUGCGCAAAGGCAGCUUCUCAUGGCACCCCUGCCAGGUCUCUCUCUGCUCGAGCGGGUCGGGUCUUAUUGUGGAAUAUGAAGACGGCCAUUCACAAUUAGUGAUUGCGGAUAAAGAGGAAAUACUUUCGCGUGUUCGUGUGCGUUCGACUCCAUUACAGGGUGAUGAUUGCUCUUCCCUUGAGCAAGGGAAUCAUGUGCUUGCCCAGAGCCCACUUUCUAGGAAUGUCUUCUAUGAUGCUCGGGUGGAAAAGGCAGUCCGUGUGAGGCACUCGAAGAGGAGCCUCUGCAGAUGUUCCUUCACAGUCAAAUGGCUCGACCAAUCUAUUGGGGAUGAAGCUUUAACUGUCCCAGCCACUGGAGUCAUGAAACUAUCUACUAAAAGCAUCGAUCUCCACCCGACCAUUUCUACUUUCUUCAGCAUGCUGGAAUCCAUAAAUGACGUAGACGAUUCGCUGUGUUUGAAAAUUGUUGACGAUAUGAACUGGGAAAAAGAUAUUAACGUGCUGCUGGAAAAACAAAUAGAGGUGUUAAGUAAUGCCACUGCUGCGCACGUGAAGAUUUCUAGGGACAUUGUUUAUGGUUUCGCAGCUGAUGUCAAAGAACGGACUCCCGAUGAAUCCUUGAAAGAACCGAACGUCCCGAAUUCUUUGCCAAGUAAUUUGAAGGUUCCUCCAGCUUCCGUCUCGCCAAUCCAAGAGGGUACCACUGGAAACAGAUUGCCUCUCAACCCCCUUGCUGCUCGUGCAGCUCUUGCUUCACUAAGAUCAAACUUUCCCAAGAGUACAGAUGCUAACACCAGUGAGCAUUGUUCUUCAGUUGCAGAUGGCCUCUCGUCAAAAGUAUCAGCAAUGUCAAUGGACACAAGUCCGAAUAUUGAGGGCAUUGCUAAGACACUCUUCCCAGCACCAAGUGCUUCUCGAGCACGUGUAACGCGAAGCAAAAAGAAAAACGAGAUUCCAGAAAAGGAUACGAGCCAACCUUCAGAAACGAGGCUUACUCGUUCUCGAACUCAGAAAAAUAACGGAGCAGAUGAAUCUUAUGAAAUCAAUGGUGAAAACGGUGUGGAUUCUGCUGAGAACAAAAAGAAGACCAGGCUUACUCGUUCUCGAACUCAGAAAAAUAACGGAGCAGGUGAAUCUUCUGAAAUCAAUCGUGAAAACAGUGUAGAUUCUGCUGAGAACAACAAAGGCCUGUCAGAAAAAGAUGAAAUGAUUGCUAAAGUCAAAGAUGAGAAGGUGGUGAUUUUUGCUGAGGAUACUGAUGAAAAGCACAAUUGCCGCAAAAGGAUUACACGUUCUUCUGCUAGAGAGGAGACCAAGAAAGGUAAUGUGCAACCCGAAUCAAAACUUGGAAAAAGCAGCUUCUCUGAAUCAAAUGAAGAAGAUUUGUUUAAUGGGAAUGGUUCGACCGAGAUGAAGAAAGUUAAAAUCACUCCAAAAAACGAAGAAGAUGGUGUUACUGGUAAUAGCAAAUGUACAAGGAAGAAGUUUGUUAGUGCAACAAAUCAGCAAACACGUUCUUCUCCUCGUCUCAAGCUUCUUCCUCGAACCCAUUCCUAG